GGUGGCGUUAGCUCGCGUGCUAGUAGUCACCUUUUCCCAACAUCAGAGAGGGAAGUAGUUUGGGAGAGCUACGCACAAACCUCCCUAAAAAACGGCAAGAAACCCGAGUGACACGCCGAGGACUGCGGGGAGAUGCCACUACACAACCCAAAGAGUCAAGUAAAACGCCCCGGUGUUGAGAAAUAUCUUGGAUCGCGGGGAAGUUUGUGUUUACUGAUGUUGUAGUGGCUGGCUAAGCUCACUGUUAGCCAUUAGCAGCAGCAGCCCGAUCUCUCCACUUGAUUUCACCGAACCGAUCCACCUCCUCUGCUGCGAUGAUGGGCGCCCGGUUGAGCUAGUGGCCCGCCCGGGAGACGAGCCCCAGCCCGCUGAUCAUGGGAGGCUGUGUGGGGAGAUACUUGGACGGCUGGGACGACACGCCGAGUCGAGGAUCAUCAAGGAAUGGUCGCGGAGGCCGCAAUGAACCGCUGCGUAAGGACCGCCCCAAGUGGAAGAGCGACUACCCGAUGACGGAGGGCCAGCUGCGCAGCAAACGAGACGAGUUCUGGGACACAGCUCCGGCCUUCGAGGGGCGCAAGGAGAUCUGGGAUGCCCUGAAGGCCGCAGCUGUGGCCCUGGAGUGCAACGACCACGAGCUCGCCCAGGCUAUCGUGGAUGGAGCCAGCAUCACCCUGCCCCACGGUACUUUGACAGAGUGUUAUGACGAGCUGGGGAACCGUUACCAGCUGCCCGUGUACUGCCUGGCCCCUCCUGUCAACCUUAUCUCCGAGCGCAGUGACGAGGAGCCCAGUGACAGCCCUGAGCCCCCCACUGCCCCCAAGAAGGAGUUCCAGCUCAAGGUGCGGCUGUCCACGGGGAAGGACCUGCGUCUGAGCGCCAGCAUGGCCGACACCAUCGGUCAGCUGAAGAAGCAGCUCCAGGCCGAGGAGGACAUUGACAUCGCCCACCAGCGCUGGUUCUUCUCGGGCAAACUCCUCACGGACAAGACGCGCCUGCAGGACACCAAGAUCCAGAAGGACUUUGUCAUCCAGGUCAUCGUCAAUCCGCAGGCUCUCAAAGCUCCCAAACUGUCCACCUCCGCUCCCGUGUCGGAAUGACCCAUCGGGAACUAUAUGCUGGAAAAUUACGGUGGGACUCAAGUGCUGCUUUGAAUCAGAAAACCUUUAUUUUUCUAAGAUUUGCUGCACACUAUCUGAAGACAAGCGCAACGCACUUGUCAUUUUGGCCUUGUGUCUGAACUCGCAUUUAAAAAGUGCCAACAGAAGAAUCUUAUCUGUGAAUCUGAACACCUAAAAAACAACUAAAUUUCUAUCCAAGGACACGACAAGGCCUCAACAAUGACACUUUGUUUGUUUUUUUUUAAGAGGAAACGAGCUUUUUUGCACAUUUGAUGAAACUUUUGUGGUAGUUUGUGUGCCUUCUAUUAUCAAAAAAGGGUCCUAAAAUAGUAUGUCACUAAUCUGUGUAUAUUUUUAGCCUUCUAAUCUAAACCCCACUUUUUAAUGAUUUUGAAUAUGCUGACCGAUUUUGGAGAGGAAAUUCACUUGAUACAUUUUAAGUAGCUGAAAGACAAGACUGUUUUCUCUCCAUUCAUUGUAACUAAAGAUAACCCCUUAUAUGCACAAUAGAGAAUUGCACCUAUGAAUGUAAUCUUAUACAAUUUCCUUACCAGCAUUUGUGUAUGAGCUACAAAAUGGCUGCUAUACAAUACAAUACAUUAUCAAAUUUUACCUCUAAAACACAGGGACAUACAUUUCAUUCAUAAAGGGAUACAUUACAUUUAGUCCAGUGUUAAAACAAGUUUAUUUUUGUACAAUCAUUACUUAAUGGUGCAAUGUAGCUUUUCUGGUAGAAGGUUCGAUGCCUGCUUUUGUCCAUGAUAGGGUUAUCGAAAAUCAGAUAUUAAUCGAUACUAAAACUAGUAUCGCAGCUCCCGUAUUUUCCGGACUAUAAGUAUCCAUAGUAUAAGUCGCACCAGCCAAAAAAUUUGCAAUGAAGAAAAAACAUAUAUAAGUCACACUUUUUGGGGAAAUGUGUUUUGUAAAAUCAGAGACCAGGAACCGACAUUUCAUCUUGAAAGGCAAGUUAUAGUAAUAACAGCAGAACAGAGAACAACAAUAGGCAUUAAUAUGUUAACAUAACAUAUUAACAGUUAUUCAGAUAAUUAUAGCAUAAACAACAGAACAUAAGUUUACCAAACUCACGAUCUCACUCCAAAUCACUAAAUCCAUUGAAUUCUUCAUCCUCGGUGUCACUUCUGCACGACCACCGGACAUAAACCAUACAUGCGUGAGGUAAACGGAGCUCAGCUUCCUCUUCUGCGUAACUGCGCAUCAGUUCCAGUUAGAAUUAUUCCAGCCUUUCUGAAUCCCGACAGGAUGGUUUCGGUUGUCAUUGAAGUUCAGGCUUUGUCGAUUCAUCCAGAGACUUCCAGGAAAGUUACAUGGCGCACCCGCUGUGUUCUCCAUCCCUGCUUUCCGCCAGUCAAUCAUAAAUUUCUCGCUCACUCCAAACUUGCUGCUUGAUUACUGUUUUCGGCUGAAUAUUUCACUAUUUGCAGCGAGACAGCGGCUAUUUCUACUGGAGGCAUAUGCAGUAGAGUGCGAAGUGACAGUGGUACAGGAGUAAUAGUAGUACUACAUACUGACACACGAGCCUAGAGCGCCCACUCGCGGCUGUCAGUCUGCAAAUUUUAAUAUAUAAGUCGCACCAGAGUAUAAGUCACAGGACCACCCAAACCAUGAAAAAAAGUGUGACUUAUAGUCCGAGAAAUAUGGUAGAUAUAAUUUUGAGCAAGUAUAGAUACUAAAAAAAAGUUACAUUCACAGCACAGAAAUGAACCUUUCCUGAAUAGCUUGAGCUGUAUAUAGGCUCGUACCACUAUGGGACCUCCCUAGACCACUGAGGAAGUACACAGAUAUACAGUAAAACCACAUGGUAAUACAAAAGAAAGUACUACAAUUUAAUGUUGAAAGUGACAUUGUAUAGUGUAAAGAAAGAGUGGUAUAGUGGUAUCGGAAUCAGUAUUGAGUAUCGAGUAUUCCUUAGUAUCAAAAAACAAGAUUGACAUUUUAGUAUAACGAUAGCACUAGUCCAUGGAGAUGUUAACGCUUUGCCUGGAAUGUUCCGCAGUAUGGCAUUAACUGCAUAUUACGCAUCUACUCAAUAUUUUCAAUAUUGAUGAUAAAAAUGCCUUGAAAAGCGCUUGUUUUGGCUGUGAGCGCACUUGCCUCUCCACAGAUCUGACCUGUAACUUGGCAUGAUAGAGAAGAUUAAUGCCAUAAUGUGGAUUUUUUUUUUUUACAGAGACAAGCAGAACCCUAUACCAGAAAAGUUGCGUAUUGCCUCUUUAAUUUGUCAUUUCAAUACAGUGCCCAAUAUCUACCCACAUAUUUUUUAGGUCAUAAUUUUAGUGUUCCAUACACGUUCGAGGGAUAUUUGAAUCAUAUGCAAACUUGAAUAAGCCUUGUUUUUUAUGUGCAAUACAGUAGACCUCAUUUAGUGUUCCUGACAGGUAUAUCCACUUUUCAAUGUUGCUGGAGUGAACAUGUUGUGCCGGUGUACAGAUCAUAUAAUCACUUCUCGUUCUUUGGCCUUAAAAGUUACGUUUCUGUUUUUAGUUCUAGAGUAUUAUAACGUUAAAAAAAUAUAUUCAGCUUUUUCAGUUUCGUCAGCGUAUGUCGGGAGGUAAAUCUAUGGAAUGGCAGAUUGAAGGCCCAGUUAUUGUCAGUUCAUUAAAAAUCCUAAAUCGUGUGGAUACUAUCAUAACUAGGUUCAGAAUCAUGGCUAUUACUUAAAGGGCCCAUUUUCUGAUAUACGUUUGUUAUAAUGUUGUUUCCUAAUCAAAAACAUACCCGGAGUUGUGAUGUCAUGUGGUAAUGCAGGAAGUACUCCACUGUGUUUUUAAACUCCAAACACCUUCACUAGUAUCAUUUGGAUAAUUUCAGUCCUGGAUUUGCCAAUCUCUACUGAGCUAAAGGUAAAAGGAGCUGUUAACAUAAACUACUGCUUCAUUACAUCACAAGGUGGAAUUUUGAGCUUUGGAGAUGUAGACAGACAUCUACAGGAUUACUCAAACACGUGAAUAAAACAAAACACCACUCCAGAGGUUUCUGAUAGAGUAAUGACAUUCUAAAAUGACUUAAAGCUCACAAGAGUCAAUUUUGUGUAAUUAUAGGACAUUUCAAGGGCAAAACUACUAGAUGUAACCUUUCUGUACAAUGUAUAUUUUUGAAAAGUUGACAAAAUGUGUCUUAAAUUCUGCAAAAUGUUUUCACAAGCCCCUUUUUUUCCAAAUAUAAACCAUACAAUAUUUUGAAAACAGCGUAAGUACUGCCGGAGUAUAAUAUGGAAUUAAUGAAUAUCAUCAAAUAGUUUAAGCUAUUUAAGUAGUUCUGAUUACAAUUUGCCUUAUCUUCUAGUUUCAAGUUGACAAAUGUCAUUCAAAAAAUAGAAUUCUUUUUGUUUAUCCUUCUGUGUCCUGGUUUGUCAUAUGGUUAACUUGACUCUUAAUACAGCCCACGCAUCUGGAGUACUUUUAGUUCAAAGUUUGCUUGAAUAUAAACACUAAAAGGGACAUCAGCAUUUCUGCUCUUGUAUAUUUACUCUGACCACACACAGAUAGAAGCUGUUUUGUUUUUGUGGCUCAGAUGACUACAUAUGUUCAAUGAGAUUUCUUGUUGCCUUUGAGAUGUUUCCCAAUCUUACAGUAAAAGCCAUACCAAAAUGCACAACCACCAUUAAAUCAGCAGAGAGUUUCCUAAAAGUAUUAUAUUUAGAUAAACCAGAGAUAUUUUUGGACAAAUUUAAGAAUAUAGAGAAAAAAGAAAAAAUCCACUUAUGAGAGAGAUUAAAUCACACAUUUUUACAAGCAGUUGUUGCAAAUGUACUUAAUUUUCGACUGUUUUAAGCUGUGGAAUAAAAAUGUUUUAUUAUGAAAGUAAAA